AUGGCUCCUCCCAAGAAGGGUCCCUUUAGUGGGCGUCAUUUUGUACCUGUAUCUUCAAACUUGGAUAAUCAUUUUGAUAAAUACUUUGUCUUGAAACGUAUUUCCGAAAAAAACGAAACAUUUGAAAGCGUGUCGCCAUUUUUGGUGCAGAAAGCGAUCGCAGCAACAGUCGGUGAUGUAACAUCUAUUCGCAAGAUGCGUUCUGGUGACUUGCUGGUAGAGAUUAAUUCUCGUAAGCAAGCUCACCAAAUUCAAAAAUUAAAAGCCUUGUCAACAGUUCCUGUCAGUGUCAGCCCCCAUCACUCAUUAAAUAUAUCGAAGGGUGUUAUCACUUGUGGGGAAAUAUUUAAUCUCCCUGUAGAUUUAAUUACAGCUGAAAUGAAAUCCCAAGGUGUCACACAUGUACAACGCAUUACUAUCCGACGAGAUGGUAAUGUUCUAGAAACCAAACAUCAUAUUCUGACUUUCAAAUCACCAAAAUUACCAGAAUUUGUCUAUGCAGGGUAUAUAAAAUUGCCUGUCAGACCAUACAUUCCCAAUCCUUUAAGAUGUAUUAAUUGUCAGCGUUAUGGACACUCUAAAGCAAAUUGCCACGGGACACUCACUUGUGCCCGUUGUGCCCCCUCAGGGGCUCACCUACUAUAG